CGGCGCUGGGCCCGGCCCGGGCAGGAGGCCAAGGAAGCGCCGCUGCGCUGAAGCGCCGGGAGCUCGGGGUGCCCGGGAGCUGAGGGCGCUGCGAGCUGGGGGAUUUUACAUUCCUGCACCGUGGCCAGAUGGAAGAGGAGGAGGAAAAGCCCCGGCGAUGCCGCACAAGGAGGGGCUGCAAACCCAGUCCAGGGAACUGUGAGGAAAAAAGAUCCCCCAAGUGCCAGGAACACGGCCAGAGAUCCAGCCAGAGCUCAGAGCUGGGGGAGAAGCCCCACAAGUGCUUGGAAUGUGGGAAGGGCUUCAGAAAGAGCUCUGACCUGAUCCAGCACCAGAGGAUCCACACUGGGGAAAAGCCCUACGAGUGUGGGGAAUGUGGGAAGAGCUUCAGCCAGAGCUCCAACCUGAGGAAUCACCAGAUGAUCCACACUGGGGAACGACCCUAUGAGUGUGGAAAAUGUGGAAAGAGCUUCGGAAGUAUCUCUAACCUGAUGAGACACCAGGUGAUCCACACAGGGGAAUGGCCCUACACCUGCUUGGAAUGUGGGAAGAGCUUUGGGUGGAGCUCCAACCUCAGGGCACACCAGCGCAUCCACACUGGGGAGAGGCCCUAUGAGUGUCCCCAGUGUGGGAAGAGGUUUCAGACCAGCUCCAGUGUCCUCCUACAUGAGCGGAUUCACACAGAGGAGAGGCCCUUCCGCUGCCCCGACUGCGGGAAGGGCUUCCAGCAGAACGGCAACCUCACCGUCCACCGGCGCAUCCACAGUGGGGAGAGGCCCUACGAGUGCUUGGAAUGUGGGAAGGGCUUCAGCCAGAACUCCCACCUGAUGCAGCACCAGGUGAUCCACACUGGGGAAAAGCCCUACGAGUGUGGGGAAUGUGGGAAGAGCUUCAGCCAGAGCUCCAGCCUGAGGAAACACCAGAGGAUCCACAUGGGGGAAUGGCCCUACACCUGCUUGGAUUGUGGGAAGAGCUUUGGUCAGAGCUCCACCCUGACAAAUCACCAGCUCAUCCACACCGGGGAGAAGCCCUACGAGUGUCCCAAGUGUGGGAAGAGGUUUCAGACUAGCUCCACUCUCAUCAGACAUGAGCGGAUUCACACAGAGGAGAGGCCCUUCCGCUGCCCUGACUGCGGGAAGAGCUUCAACCGCAACUCCAUCCUCACCGUCCACCGGCGCAUCCACACUGGGGAGAGGCCCUACGAGUGUCCCCAUUGUGGGAAGAGCUUCUCACAGAGAUCUAACUUGACCCAACACCAACAGAGUCACUAGUAAGGGAAGCCCUGCGAGUGCCCCAAGUGCGGGAAGAGCUUCGUGCGCUGCUCCAGCUCCAUCCCCCAUGGGAGGAUCGGCAUUGGAUGAUCCCCAGUGACCCCCGUUGGGCAGAGCCCUGGUGAUCCGUGGUCCUGGUGAUCGGUGUUGGGAAGACACCUGGCUGGGAGGCUCCACAUCUUCCUGGCUCCCUGUGGGCACCUGGAUGGACACAGGAGCAGGAACAUCCAUUUGGACACAGAUCAACAAUGGGAAUUCCUUGGGGAAAGCAGAUUUGUUGACUUUCAAUCCCAGAAAACUGUUUGUUAAACGUAACAGAAUUCACAAGCCCUAUUUGUUAUACUUCAAGAUGUUGUUCUUCCCAACACCUCUCCUUCCUUUUCUUGGAAUUCAGCAUAAAGUUAGAGUCAAAAAGUUUUCCAAGUGCUCUUGCUGCGUGAGGCCACAUUGUGUCUUUCAUUCAGCAAUUAAUGAAGCAAACACAAAUUUUCUACUGAGACCCUUCUGCUCCCUUCCAAAUCACUACUCAAGAACAAGCCUCAGGCACAUGCCCAUAGUCCCUCUCUGCCAGCAGCUCCGAGCUGCAUUGCACAGUGCUUGCUGUGCCCCAGAGAGCACAAAGCAGGCUGGCCUGGUGCCCCUGAAUAUUUCUGCAAAACCCUCUGCAUUUCACACCUUUGCU